AUGCUGGCCCACGUCGUCGCCGCGCCCAACACCCUCUACGGCGUCUGCCCGGACGCUACUGCGAUCGCAUUGACCAGCAGCGCUGCGCUUCCAUGUGUUCGGUAUGCUGCCUCGAACACGACGCGCUGGUUGUCGUUGACCCGCACCGGCGCGCUCGUUGCACGGGACGCGGACAUUGAAUUCGUCCACAGCUUUCCAGCUGCCGCGACCUCCAUCGACCUCUCGCGCAACGCGAUCGCCGACAUUGCAAGCAACUUGACGACAUCGGUGCUUUCGCUCAACCUCAGCACCAACCGACUAUCGACAUUUGCCAUGCUCACGACGCUGCCAGCGCUGCAGACACUGGACGUGAGUGCCAAUGCCAUCCAAGUCCUCAACGACGACUCCAAUGUAGACAAUUUCACGAGUCUUAUCUCUCUGACCUUGCGGCAGAACGACCUUCGCCGUCUGACGGACAAUCCGUCUUUUCCGCCCAAGCUCGCGUCCUUAGAUCUCUCGGGCAAUGCCAUCACUACCUUUGAUGUCUCGCCAUCCACAUACCAGCUUCUCCACCGCCUCCCGACGCUGUAUAUGGACGCCAUUCACAUCCAAACGUGUAUGGGGAUGCUGGCACCGCUCAAGACGCUCGGCGCCGUCUGCGUCGUGAGUGUGGGCGAUGUGUCGUCGACGCCUGUGCUCGAAACAACCACGGGCAAGCUGAGCUUCAUCUUUGGUAUCUUGACGCUAUCGAUGGUGCUCUACAAGACCGUGCUCAGCCGCUGGCGCAUCCUCCAUGACGAGCAGCGCGACCAGCGCGCACUCCGCGCCACGUGUGUGAGCUCCAACUACUCUGGUUUCGAGGAGCCGCCGCCCGAGUACCGCAUCUCGCUUUCACUCAACCUCCCAACACCGCAUUUCGAGCUCGCGUCACUGCCGGCGACGCAAGUGCCAUACCACGAGCUCGCAAAGUGCAAGCUCGUCACCAUGUCGACGCAUGCCCUUCUCUAUAACGCACGCCUCCGCGACAGCCUCGACGUCGGACUCAAAGUCGUUCGCACAGUCCACGGUGACGAAGCCUCCGUCACGUUGGCGCUGACGUCCUUGGUGCACGAGCUCCAUAUGUUGGCGAGCGUCUCGCACUCGCACGUACUAGGGCUCGUCGGUUUUGCCUCGUCGCCAAACCUGCUCGACUUUGCACUCGUGACCGAGUAUGCCGCCCGUGGACCACUGCCGGCGUUGUUGGUGUCAACGUCGUGGCCGAUGCGACUGCAGAUCGCGCUGGAUGUCGCACAUGCUAUCACGUACCUCCACGCGCGACACAUUGCACACAACGCUGUCGUCACAAAGCACGUGCUUGUGACGACAGACUGGCGCGCCAAGCUCACUGGCCUUCAGCACGCGUCCAGAGGCGAUGGAGACGCGGACGUGGCACGUUUUGGCCACUUUCUCAACGAGCUCGCGACCAAUUGCAGCGAGGCGGGAGGUGUGACGAGUGUCGUUGCCUCGUGUGUAAAUGCCGCGCCGACGGACCGACCGAGUAUGGGCGACGUCCUUGCUUUGCUGCUGCGCGCCCAGACCGUAGCCUAG